GGCGCUUCACCAAUUUACCGGGUAGCCUAAUUUUUCGCUAAACAAUUAAACGAGUUCGUAAGCACUUAGCACAAACAAAAAUAAGCAGUGUUUACCCGGUUUUCACGAUGUCGUCUGCUCAGGAGUUUGAUCCCAAACAACCGCAGCCUGCAGCCGACGACCAAGACAACGAUGAUGCAAGUGAGGGCCGAGAAACGGACGAUUUUCACGUGGCCAUGGACGGCCUGACAAAACGAAAAGCUACGCCGUUUACGUCCACAAUGGAUGUGGCACUGGCUACAGCGUACACAACCGAGAAAAACAUACUGGACGGGACGCUCCGUGAACACGGCGUCCCGAGCAGGCAACAGAAAAUGGCCGCUUGGGAGAGAAUACGAGACUGUGUUAACGCAUUUUCUGGAGACACCAAUCAGAAGACUGUGCAGCAGUGUAAAGAUAGACAUCGGAACUUGAUCCAAGCUGUUCGGUUCAAGAGGUCCUCAGGAUUCCUAGAAGGACCGCUACCAAUGCCUAGUGACGUCCAAUCCCACGAGAUGGGUGAUCAACAGAGUCAAUUGGGGCACCAGCAGCAACAGAAUCGGGACAGUACAUCAGAAAGCAUAAAAGCCAGUCAGCAACAAGUGCGUCCUCCUGAAGCAGCGAAUGGUAUCCCUUCAACUUCAGCGCCAGCCCAUUCACCGAAGGAGAAACGCCCCUUGAAGCGACCCUCCACCUCAUCCGUAGACACCCUGGAUGACUACCGUAAGCGCAAGCUGGCCAUCAUGGUCAAGGAACACAUCGCUAGGGUAGACUUGAUGAAAGCACAGGCGGAGUACUACCGCACCAAGACGGAGCUCAUGGUCAAACACAGCUGCAGUCGUCCCACGAGCGUAACAAGCAACUCCCAGUCCAAGUUACCCGCACCGCACCUACACUUACAUCCAAAUCUACCAGGAAAUACUUGAAGGUUUAAUUGGAAGUCUGUUGAUUGUUUUGCUUUUGCUCCAUUUGUGACCUGCAGAAAACAAGCUUGCUUGGCUGGUAUUACGGCAUGUGGUUCAGUGCACAAACAGUUGAUGGUGGUUUGUGAACACUUUCGAAAAGCCCUUGUGCAAAGUACACCCGACUUAUUUUAUUCCGAAUGUGCACAAACCGGUAGCGUCUUUGCUCGAGUGUCGGGAACCAUCGGCAAUGCGUUCGAUUGUCCCUUCCAGUGGCCCCCGGACUCUCUCUUUUCAACUGUUGAGGGGGUACUUGUGCACAGAGUCCUUUGAGUCCGAGAGGAGUUUUACUAAUGGUUGGUCAUGUAACAUGCAGAGCACCGUUGCUUGUCAGUAACCAAAAAUUUCCAAUUAUAGCCGCAGAAACAGAGCUACAUGAUAAACAGAAUUUGCCAUAACUUUUCACUUUCAGGAUGGUGCUUUUAAAAGAAAUUGGAGCUUGAGAACAUUUUCAUGACCUUACAUGUUUUCUGGGUGUAGUUAACUACUUGGUUCCACAUAAUGAACUGAAGUUGCUUGUUUCCCCCCAUUUUGUUUGUUUGUAGAUACUUUUCAGCAGCCAAAUAUGUUUAUUCUUCCACGUUUUAAUACACUGCCAUAAACUAUUUUGACUUACAAACUGUUGAAUUUUAAUGUGUAAAGUGACGAUUCGGUGAAUCCAUGGUGCUUGAGAAUAUUGGACGUCACACAAGUGCAAUGAAUGCAGGAAAGAGGCGUGUUCAACACUUACCAUGUGACGCCAUCUUAGAAAAAUACUCCAUAUGCCAACAUGGUAAUGAAUUAUUUGAAAACGAAAGUUACGAUUGAGAAUGACUGUCAUUGCUGUCAAAUACCAGCUCCCAACUCUUUAUCCUCCAAACUCUUAUCCCCAGCUUUCCUGUGUUUGAUGGGUUCAGGACUAACAGCCCAACACCCUUACUUCACAUGGGCUUGGUCCAAGAUACAGUCACAUAAUUAUGUUGAGGCACACGAACCAGACUUUGUAUUUUGGCGAUUGAUGAAUAAUGACAUGGGACCAACUUUUCUUCUUAUUUUUUUUUUGGGGGGGGGAUGGUUGGGGGUGUUUCAUGCUUUAGAUUUUUCUCUGAUUUGUAAGUUUAUGUGGUUGCCAAAUUAUGUCUUAUUUGGGACAAAAUAGGCAUGAGAAAAACAUAAAAACGAAUAUUUAGCCAACUCGACAUGUAUCUACUAUACCAAAUGAUGAAAUAUCACCACAAUAUGACCAAAUAAUGUAGAAUUUGUACUGAAAGUUAAGUGUUGACAUCUUGUAACAAAUAAUGAGUGUAAGAAGUUGUUAUGGAUUUCAGUACCUAAAUACCUGUUGAACAUGCAUAUUGUGUUUUUAUUCUUGUAAAUAGCAAUAUUAAAGCAUAUGGUACACAUAUACAUGUACGUAGAAAACCUAGCAAGGGUAGCUUCAAUAUGCCGACUCCCUAAAAAAUCUUUAGCGCCCACCCACCCUAUCUUAAUGUGCUGAAUGUAGCACUGAAGUUGGUUUUGUUCCAAUAUUUUUUUAAAAUUUUUAAUGUUUUCCUUGAAACAUUGAUUUGAAAAAUAAUAAUAGUCAAUGCAUAUUAUAAUUUGCAUGGCUGUGCACAAAUAAUGUAAAAAUGUACAUGUAUAAAUUAAUUAUCCAAAAUUCAUUGACACACGUUUAACAACUCCAGAAGUGUUUUUUUUUUACAAAACUGUAACCCAUGGACCGUUCUGAAUACUGAGUUUGCAUUAAAUUGGACAAAUUGGGGCGAUUCACAAUGCAGUGCGCCACCAAGAGUUUGCCAUGGAGAGUCCAUUUGUCAAGUUUAAGGUCGACAGAACAUGGCCCAUUUGAAUGAGUAUCAGUAGACAACUUGAGCUAAUUUGUUAUAAAUUGGGGCAUAGCGUCUGCUGCCUUACAGAAAACACCAUAUUGAUAAAAAGAAAAGAAAAGGGCAAACAGAUACUCGAAUCAUACGCUUACGAAACUACUGGCCGGAAAAACCAACAAUGUCGAAUGUCCCGCGCUGCGAAUUUGUCGACCAUCUCCCAUAAUGCACUGGGAAAAAUGAACUAUCCGUGGUAAACUCUUGGUGGCGCACUGCAUUGUGAAUCGCCCGAAUUAUUUAACACCAGUAUCAGGAUAUUUGGGAUGGUCCCUAGAAAAAAAUGCCAAUAAUAACGCAUUUCAUUGUAAUGGGCCACCAACUUGUAGAAAUGGCUUAACAGUAAAAAGUGAAUAAAUAACAAUUUGAAAUAGCAAUGACGCCUUCUGUUUUUGAUUUUUUUUAUUUGUGACAUACUGCACAAUAUUGAAGUCGAGUUAAUAUAGAAUUACACGCAGAGCUACAAAUUAAAUACAUUUUGUAAUUUUAGACCGACAAAAAAGGAUGCAUGCAUUCUGACUUCAUGAUACAGGCAAAAGUGUAGUUUUGGGACGCCUCUAUUUUGAACUAGUUCUAUUCAAAAUUGAAAGAAAAUGUGACUUUCUUACCUGUUAAGCACUUCAAGACAUGGAAUCACAUCAGUUCAAAUGCUGUCAUUUCACCCAAUAAUUUUCUUCGUAAAUACUAACCCUGCUCCUUUCUGCAAAAUUAAGCCUGCUGAUAUUCAACAUGGCACCU